GCCUCAUCUCUAUACUCUGGAUGUAAUUCUCUUCUUUACCUCAAAUAUUCUUUUCUCUCGAAAAUUAUAAGAAGACAAGAAGACGAAGUCCGUUCGUGAUAGAGAAUCCUAAGGAAGACGUGAUGGGCCGGAGAUAGAGAUCUCUUGAUCAAGGCGCUAUCGUUUGUUUUUCUUUAGGAGCCACAAUCAUUUCACGUUUACUUAUUAUGCAUGUGAUGUAUGAUUGAAUGUAUGCAUGUAUGUGUUUUUCGCUAGUGCAUACGCGCGGUGUAUGCCAUAGGCAAGACUGCGUUAUAAAUCCCUCAUAAUUUUAAGUCUGUGCCACCCCGACGCCCCGUCACUCGUCAAACCCAAUUUAGAUCGGUAACGGACUCACCCAAGUGAGACGCCCGGUUUACGUUGGUUAGGCGCGAAACCCGUAACUAGGGUACUGACUCGCCCCAGAUGGCAAACAACAACACAAACAACCUCGCCCUGCGUUCCAUUCUGGAUAAAGAUAAAUUGAACGGAACAAACUUUGUUGACUGGCAACGCAAUCUCUGCAUUGUUCUCCGCAUGGAUGAGAAAGAGUAUGUGCUCGAAAAGCCCAUUCCUCCUGCCCCUCCCGCUAACGCCCCGAAAGGGGUCAAAGAUGCCUACGAGAAGCACGUUAAGGAUGACAACCAGGCAUGAGUGUUUUCUCGUGAGUAAGGCUCUCUUUAGUUGCAAGCUCUCUUCAGGGAACCCGGUCGGUCCGCACGUUCUCAAAAUGAUUGGUUACAUAACCAAUCUGGGGAAACUCGGGUUCUCCUUGCAGAAGGAGUUGGCAACGGACCUGAUCCUGCAGUCGCUCCCUGAGCUGUAUAAGGGUUUUGUCAUGAACUACAUGAUGCAUGAUCUUGACAAACCCCUUCC